AUGGUGCGAGGGAACUUUCAGCACUUGAUGGGCAUCGCCCAUGGCGAAUACAGCAAGCGCAUGCAAGAACGAGAGAGAGUGCAUUCGGUAUCUGCGGAGAAGAUAGGAGCAAAGAUGUACCCAAAGACAAACCACCUCCUUCAUGUGCAGAAAUCCCUCUUUCAGAAAACUCAGCUCAUCAAGUCGCCAGAACCUCGAGCCUUGGGAAAGCUCGGUCUCCCAACAACAUCAUUCUCGAAGAUGGAAGAGAUGAGAACUAUCGACAAGCCACCCAGUUUCACCACGCAGGGCGACACAAAGCUACCUCCGAGAUGGGAUGAGGAAGUAUUCGAACAAGCUCUGACCAGGUGUGAGGCCAUGGUACAGAGAUUUACAAAUGCGAGCAUGCGCAUCUCUAUGGCUCCCUCGGAGAAUUCUGAGUGUACGAGCUCUUUCUUCCCGGAAAGAAACGAGCCAACGCUUCCCUGUGAUCUGACAAGGGAAGAAGACAUUCUCAAGCUGAGCGUCGAGAUGGAGUGGAGUAAAGAAGAACCCCCUUGCUGCAGCAACGUCCAAGGCGGUAGCGGCAUAUCAAGUAACGGCAAACCGGAGCAAACAAGAGCAUCCUUCCAAGAAGCACUGAAAAAUCAAGCAGUAGCGGCAUCCCAGUGA